CUCUCGGUUCUCCCCAACUCUCAAGGGAUUCACUAUUAUCAAUUCAAAUCUUGUGAAAUAUCUGUUAAUAGUUCCGUUUCCUCUUUAACAAUUAUUCUUCGCGGAAAAGGAGCAGCACAUGGCUAACGAGAUGAUCACUGCUGUCGUUCAUCCCACCGCUGAAGAUUCCGACGGUGAUGCUUAUCUCUUUCCGCACGACGACGUCGACGAUGACGAUGCUCUUCCGGCGAUUGGGAUGUCGAGGCUCUCCCUCGAGACUUCAGACGGUGAUGGGUAUCUUUUUCAGCGCGACGAUAAGGAUGGUGCUCUCCCGACGAUUCGGAUGUCGAGGCUCUCCAUCGAGACUUCCGACGGCGAAGUUGCCGACGGGGAGCUCUCGGACAAGGAUCCAUCGAAGCAAUUGUUACAUGACGACGACGACGACGACGACGAUGAAGAUGACUUGUCGCCGCUGAAUUUUGCUGGGUUCGGAUCCCUUCCCGGGACGCCAACGAGGCGGAGGAGGGGCCGUCGGGAUAAGGAAUACCGUAGCGACGGAGAAGCACGAGGGAGGAGACGGGAACAGAGGAGGGGGAGGGAUUGGUGGGUGGAGAGGGAGUGGGAGAGGAGAAGGAGAAGGGAACAGGGCAUCGCGGUGGACGAAGGGGAGUGCCAGCUACUCGUCCGGCGGAAGGGACGCCCAGGAUGCAUUUGCAUGGACAUUGACGAGGUGAAGGCUUGCCGUGAGCUCGGGAUCGAGCUCCAGCCGUGUGAUUGGACGGUCGGCUUCUCGGGAUCGGCGGUUGAUACCAGCAGCGGUGGCAACUCCCCGAUCGCCAACUUGAGGAUCUCAAGCCCUGGUGAUGAUCCAAAAGACGUGAAAGCGAGGCUGAAGAUGUGGGCGCAUGCAGUGGCCCUUGCAUCAUCAACCAGCUUCAGCGGCUGAAUGAAACAUGCAUCUAUGGCCAUAGCCCUGCAUCUGUACAUAGAUUCUGCCGGUUUUGAAUUUUUGGUGUGACAGCCUAAUUACCUUUUCUUGAACUUUGUUAUGCAUGUUAUGCAACCUGCCAUGUUUGCAGCUUUUGGCAUUUUGGCAGGUGGACUGAUGUGAGUGACUACUUUCCUUAAUUUUUCCUGCAUCCUGUAGAUACUUGGAUCUUUGUUCGGGACUACCCAGCAGAUGGCGUUGUGGUUGUCUAUAUAUAUAUAUAUAUAUUUUUUAAUUC